UCAAACCUAAUUUCGAAAUUAGUGAAAAUAUGUAAAUAUUUUUUUUUGAAAAAGAAGAUCUUGUAAAAAUCUUAUAAAAUAGAUUUAUUAGAAUUUUAUAAUAAAUAUAUUUAUAUUUAAUAUGAAAUGAUAUCAAAAGAUAUUAUGAUUGAAGUAGUUCAAAGAUUCUAUAUAUUAUUAGGCUUAAUAAAUUACUAGAUUCUGACCCGCCCUAAAGGGCGGAGAUUGAUUUGUCAAAUUUUAAUUUUAAUAUAUGUUAUAUAUAAUAUGUGCAUAUAAUAUUAUAUAUUUUUGUGUACUAUAUAUAUAUAUAUAUUUGUUUGAGUUUUUUGAUAAAUUUUGUAUUCAAGAUAGUUAUAGUAGAUUUGAUCAAAUCUAAUAUUAUUAUGAAUUAAAUAAUGAUAUGAUGAUCCACGUUCUUAUAGUAGAUUUGAUCAAAGUUAAUUUAAAAAUAUAAAUAUGGGUUCAUAUAAAUUAUGAUUUGAUCAAAUCAAAUAUAUCUUCGUAUCUAGAUGAUAAUCCACAUUUAUAUAUCACCUUUACAUACUGUGAUAUGAUGCAGGUGAAAAGUAAAUAUAUGAAGGUAAAGUUAUAUGAACAUAAGCAUACACGGUCUUUGUAUUGAAGAGACAUUAUAAAUGAGUCGAACAUUUUUUCUCUUAUGUUUGGAAUGAUUUGGAACUCGUUGAUUUAAGAGUGGUUCAGUUUUUUAUGAUCUAAUUAUAUUAAGAGAUAACCAAAAAUAUUUUAAUUAUGUUAUUGGUUAAGUUCAAUCUUUCUAGGUUGGUAAAGAUUUGGUUUAAUUUAAGUUGAUAGGUUGCAUUUUAUAGGAGAAGUGAUAUAUUCUAGUAACAAUUAUGAAAGAGCCCAAAAUCUAAAUGACAAUUUCAAGUAGUAGAUAAAAACCAAUCCCUAAAUUAAUAGAUUAGAUUCUAAUCUUUGAACUACUUCAAUCAUAAUAUCUUUUGAUAUUUUUUCGUUUUAAAUAUAAAUAUAUUUAUUAAAAAAAUUCUAAUAAAUCUGUUUUAUAAGAUUUUCACAAGAUCUUCAUUUUCAAAAAAAAAUAUUUAAAUAUUUUCACUAAUUUCGAAAUUAAUUUUGAAAUAUUAUUAUAAAUUAGUUUUAAAAUAUUAUUGUACAUUAAUAUAUUCAGUUAUCAUUUUAAAAAUGAAAAAUAAAAAUCAUAUCUUAUUUUUAAUCUUAUCUAUUAUACAUGUCUUCUAUUUUAAUAGAUAAGAUGGUUUGAAAAAUAAGAUUAGAGUAGAACAACCAAAGAAAAACAUAUCUUUAUGAAAUGUUUUUUCUGUUUUAUCUAAUGAAUUUGUUAUUUUAUUUUCUGAACAAAGAUGGCAAUCGACAAAAAGAUUACAAAUAUGCUCUUCAGAUUAGAUAGUUUUUCUAAACCAACUAUAAAGAAAUAUAAAACUAAAUACAUACCAACACUUUGAACAUAAAAUUAAGAAACACCCAAUCACUGCUUAAAACUAGACGAACGCAACAAAAACCAAACUUCGAUGCUAAUUAAUACAACAACUUAACCAGUUAUUUCCAACCAAAAUAGAGAAAAAAAUUGAAGCUCCAGCCAAGCUCAACUCUUUCAAAGUGUUUAUAGCACAUUACAUACCACAAGAAAGAAAGAAAGUUGAAUAAUGUUUAUGAUUAAAAGGCUUCGUUCUACAUAUAAAUAUCAGAAGCUCGUAAUGUUCGCUCUAUUUAAUUUAAGUUCUCCAAUUUUAUCUUAUUGUCAAAAUAAAUAUAUAUAAAACAAAACAAAAUAUGGGCCUUAUAUAUUGUGCUGGGCCCAAGUAAAUGUUUAAAUAUAUUUGUUAAUAAUAUGUUUCAAUUUUUUGAACGUAAAACCCUAAUUUCUUGUUGAAACAAUGGCGACGAUCUCUGAUCUUUCGUGUCAUCUGGUAGAAGAAAUACUCCGAAGGGUUCCGAUAACUUGUCUAGGAGCAGUGAGAUCAACUUGCAGAUGGAACAUUUUAUCUCAGAUUUUAUGUAAAGCAACUGCAGAAGCAAAAGAGCAGUUUUUAGGGUUCAUGAUAAAAUAUUUUAAGAUGUGUUCAUUGAGAUUCGAUGUGCAUGAAGAAUUCACAGUAAAGGAGAUGCUUGAUUUACAAGUCUAGAUAUCCGAAGUUUUUGUCUGCGACGGCUUGUCGUUAUGCGUCACUGUCACAAGAGACGAGUACAGUCAACGACUCAUGCUCUGGAACCCGUACUUGGGACAAACAAGUCAAGCUACACUGGGGCUGGGGCGAAGAGUACUUCCAUGUCAGCACAUCGCUGAAAGGAAACACUUAAUUACUUUUUGGACCGCGAUGGACAUGAUGAGAUGUUCACUGGUUUCCUUGUCUGUUAUGAUUUUACAAUGGAGAGAUUUGGAGAGCUGCUUCCUCUGCCUUGAUCUAGUUAUAAUUCUAGGGUUACUCCUAUCUCUUGUUUUCAAGAAGAGAAACUCGCGGCUGCCCAGUCCUAUAUCUGGGAUGGGAAUUUGGGUUACAACUAAGGCUGAGCCCAAUGAGCUGUUAUGGAACUUCUUUAAAAUUAAUUUGGAAGCUAUUCCCCGUACUCAUCGUUUUCAAGCUCGCAGUUUCUUCAUUGAUGAAGAGAAGAAACGGGUUGUUUUUUUUUCUAAUGGCAGUGUUACCAAUACCAAGUCCGAGAGGAAUAUUACAACGCAGCUUACAUCAUUGGAGAGAAUGGCUUCUUUAAAACAGUGGAUCUUGGAAGAACUGACACUCCCCAUUAUUUUUUUGGUCCAUUUGUGUGCUCCAACUCUUAUGUUCCAAGUUUAGUGCAAAUCAAACAAAAGGAGAGAGAAGAAGAAUAGGAAGCAGCUCUAGUCAUCCCUACCUAUGCAAAAGAAGAACAAUAAAUUUAAUUUAGCUUGCCCUUUUUACAAUAGUAUGUUAUUUGUGUCUUGCAUCACCUCCUUUUUUUCUUGUUUUAGUUGCUGCAAUGUACUACUUCUAAACAAGGCUAAUCAUUCUGAAACUUGACCGAAUAUGGCGUUAUAUAUUGUUGUAAGGGUGCUCGACGGCUUUUUUUUAAAAAAAUUAUAGACGAUUCUACCGCCAAUAAUUUUACCCGCCUUCUGGAAUUCACGCUUGACUGCAUCACCUGAGCUGUCCUAUCAGAUCCACGCGUACUCUUUGCGCCUCGCCUCCUCUUCUUUCAGUCGAGUUACUUCGUACCUCUUCUUUUAGAUUCCUAAAAGGCUCUGUGAACUGUAAUUGU